UUCUCGUUCAUCACUCCGGCGCUGACAUUUUCGACCGCGCAACCUGAAGAUGAUGCAGAGAACUUCCCCACUGUGUUCUUCUAGCUCCUUUUCUCAUUCUUUUCCAUAUAUUUCCGUUCUUAAUCGAUGCACCGAACCUUUCCGAAGACGUAUCGCUCUUACUUGUAAGGGUUCGGCUUUCUCGAUACUUCAGCUGCCCUUGUACCGCCAUCUUCACACUCUUCCACGUUUGCAGCCUUCCCGCCGUAGAGUUGCUACUUCUCAGAUUCUAGAAAGUGUGGAAGCUCCGACAGGAUUUGUUGAAAUUGGUUACAUAUCCAAUGUUCAUGGGACUGAGGGGGAAGUUCGAGUGAAACCUGUUACUGAUUUUCCUGAACUGCGAUUCUCCACGCCUGGCACAAGAUGGUUGAAGCAGCAAGUUUCGGGAAGGGAAGAAAUCCGAGAAGUUGACUUGGAAGAGGGGAGGGAACACCCUGGUCGAAAGAGUUGGAUACUGAAGUUUAAAGGAAUCGAUACUGCUGAACAGGCAAAACUACUCAUUGGAUCAACUCUCCUAGUGAGGGAAGAAGACCGACCAGAGUUGGAAGAAGGUGAAUUUUAUUCCCGUGACCUUAUUGGCAUGAGUGUUAUUCUGAAGGAAACUGGUCAGUCCCUGGGAACCGUUGUUAAUGUAUUUGAUAGCGGAGGGGCGGAUCUUUUGCAUGUCUUGCUUGAUAGUUCCGAAGAUAUUCUUGAUGCCACUGGAAAUCCAACAUCAACAGAGACUGGAGUUUCUGGUCGCCUUGUUUGGAUACCUUUUGUCAAAGCAAUUGUUCCUGUUGUUGAUCUUGAAAGACGAGAAAUGAAAAUUACCCCUCCAAAAGGUCUUUUGGAAUUAAAUUUGAAUUCUAACAAGAGAUCAAAGAAAGAACGACGCCAACUUGAAUGGAAAGAAAGGAAAAAAUUCCAAAACAGUCUCAUAGCUGCAAAAAAGAAACUGUCUGAAAUGGAGCAGAAACACGUGUUCAAUGGUUUCAAAUUUGGAGAAAAAAUGCAGGGAAGGUUACUUGCCGAACAGAUAGUUGGUGUCAAUUCUAAGUUGCUUCAAAAAGCUUUACAAGAUAUUGAGAUUCCUACAAGAAGAUUGAAUGUUAACGAGUUAUUCAACGCUUUUGAAUUGGAGAAAAUACAAAAUACUUUGAAGGUAUCAGAUAAAUGUGUCACUUCUGGUGCAAAUGAAGAGGAACUUGGUAAACAUACUAGUUUGCAGAAGAAGGGACUCAAUCUCAUAUCUUCUGGAAAAACUGCCGUUGUUUUAGUUGUUAAUGAUGAGGGAUGGUACGCUGACCUUGAUAUUGUUUGUGAUAAUGCUGAGCAUCCAACAUCUUCUUCCCUUCCUGAUCUACUUGGUGAUGAUAGGAGGUUUGCAAAGAUUGAAGACCGCCCAUACGUGCCUCUGAUUUUGGUGUGCUCAGCUUCCAGAAUUCAUUCAAUUGAAAAGCUUUUUAUGGACAAUGAUUACUUUUCCUUCGAUUCUGGAAAGAUCUGGUUUUUGGAAGAACAGAGACUUCCAGUUGUUAGCAAUGUGGUAGACGAACAAAACAAAUACAAGAUUUUGAUGAAAUCACCCUGGGAAAUUCUACAAUCCCCAGUUGGUUCUGGAGGAGUCAUAAACUUGCUCUCAUCAUCCAAGGUUCUGGACAAUCUUGCUGAAAUUGGCGUGGAGUAUGUCGAGAUUUGCAGCAGCAGGCAUAGAAGUGCAGGCACCAACGCUCUACUUCUUGGGUAUAUUGCAUCGUGCAGUGCUAAUAUCGGGGUGAAGCUUCAAAAAGGUAGCAGUGGCUUUGAGAAAAGCUUUGAGUUGAUAUUCUCAAUGAACUUCAUGAAGAAAAUGAUGAAGCAAAUGGAUAAGCCUCAGUUCUAUGGCAUCCCCAAAUCAAAUGCGCACGUUGAGAAGGUUGACAAGGAGUGGGUUGACGUUAGUCCCUCCUCUCCUAACUCAUACCAGCUCUGUUCUUCAAUUUUUAGUUGGCUACAUGAGUGUUCUUUUGAUGAAAUAUGCAUGAUGGAAAUUGUUAAAUAGAUCAUUGUUCUUUUGAAUUUGUGAUGAGUUUUGAUUAUGGCCAUAGGUUUUUAAGUU